CAUGAUGAUAGCCUAUCACUGUAUGGUAAACUAAGCAAAAAAGAUAAUUCUAAGAACUGAUUUCUCAAGUGAAUAUGAGCGAAGAGAAAUCCAAUAGUAGAAUAAGCGAAAAAAGUUCAGAUAUAUCUCAGAGAAGCGUUUUAAUUCCGGCUAAUAACCCCCAAAGAAUCGAAGAUGUCGAGACCUCCACACAAACGACUGAAGAUGACAUCGGAUUGCAAUAUUCUCUUAGCAAACAACACACAGAAAUUGGUGGUAUUGACAAAGAGCCAAUGUUCGUGCUGGUGGAUUCUAGCGGACUUAGCGAUCCCAGUUCAAAGGAGCUUCUAAUAAGAGAUAAUGCCGAGCUGAGAGAUACAGUUUUAAGAAAAUACUUCAAUAAAUACAUUAAGCCUGUAGAAUUGCCCUCGACCAGUAGAGACUUGUCAAUACCACCUCAUCACGUUAAGGAAUCUGAAUCUAAAGAAGAAGUACUGAUGGUGGAUAUAAAUCUACAAAGUGAAAACGAAAUUCCAUUUGAUGAAAACGAUAAUGACAAACUGUCGGAGUCUUCCCUGGACGUCCACAUACCUUCGUACCCUGGGUCCAUAAGGUCUGUGAAAAUAGCUUCGGAGACUUCCCUUGAUGAGAAACACCGUGAUAAGAGUUUGAGGGAGGCGGUGGACUUCCUUCAUCGGGAUCACGAGUUUCUGAUUGCUGCUGAGACUGGUAACGAUCGGAUUCUUGAAGUCGUAAUGAGAACUGGAAUCGACAUUCAAGCGAUGGACCACCUCGGCAGAAACGCGUUACACCUUGCAGUCUGCGCGAACUGCUUUCGCGCUAUCAUUUUACUUCUGGACGCGGGGGUCAACACAAACGUCAAGGAUAACCUUGGCAUGACUCCUCUCUCCCUUUGCUUGAUGAGAAGGCCGUCCCUGCGAGUGGCUAAUCUCCUAUUUGACUAUGGGGCUAAAAUAAUGCCACGUACCGAUCCUAUGGACACUGGUUUAUUUAUACAAUUCGUCAUGAUGUGCGUACCCACCCCAGAGGAAGAAAGGAUAUUGUUCCUGCUUGUCGAGAAAGGUGCGAUUGUGAACGACUCGGAAGCACCCGGCGGUCGGCAAGCCCUACACUUUGCAGCCAUGAGCAAUAACUGCAGGCUCAUAAACAUUCUAGUAGAACUAGGGGCCAAUCUUUACUUGUUGAACCACAGAAGCCAAACACCGGCGGAAGUCGCUAGAACUUUCAGAUGCAGAGAGGCACAAGCGCUUCUAGAAGCACUAGAAUUGGAGCCUGAAUCUAGCAUUACGACUUUCACUACGAUUACAACGUUUAUUGAUUAGAAUUUAGGUAAUUAAAUUAAUUAAUGUUCAUUGAUAAGUGCAUUAUACCUAAGUCAAAUUGAUUUGGUAUUAAAGUUACGUAAUAUUGUUAUUUAUUUUAAUAAAUUGAUAGUAACGUGUUA